CUAAUUUGAAUAAUUGAUCUCAAGGUUAUUAUUUGUUUAUAUACUGCAAAACUGGCUGUCGCUGUCAACAUCAGCUCUAAUCUCUGGAAAGUGGAAGAACGUCAUUGGGAAGAACCUUGGAAGUAUAAAUUUUCUCUCUCCCUGUUUUCUCUGUAAUUUUGUACGAUUUGUAUUGUUCUACGGUUCUACCUCUGUGUCCCUCAUAGCAGAGAUAGUUAUAGGUGUAAGUUAUAAAAUGUCGAUCGCAGUUUUACAGUUUGAUGCGAAACGAGCUGUUGAGCAGUUGGAAGAUUUAUCCAAUGAUGACUUAGAUCAAAUCAUUAAUAAUGACGAAAAAUUUGAGGAGAUUUUAUUAAGUUUAGAUCAGUCAUAUGUGAAGGAACUAGAAGUAGAAAAGGAAAAUUUAAUAGCACAAAAUAAGUCAAUGGCAGAGUUUAAUUUAUCAAAGGAACCAGAGUUAGUAGAAGGUCGAGAGAAAUUGAAAAAUUUAUACGAUGACAUUGAAAAAAUUACAAACAUUAUAGAAGAAAAAUCUCAGGAAUUAAAACAAAAAGGAGGUGACAUUUCUUUAGAAACAGCUCUGGCUUUACUACAAACUGCUGCAAGUGAAAUGGAAGAAGAGUCUGAUUCAUGCGCACAAAAAUUUCUAAAUGGUGAGAUUGAAAUUGAUGAGUUUUUAGAACAGUUUGCAGUGAAGAGAAAACUGAUGCAUACAAGACUUGUCAAAGCAGAUAAACUUUCAAAGAUUCUACAACUUGGUGACCUUUCACUUCUACCUUCUUAUAUUAAUGCACCUCCUGUUAAUAUUAAUCCAGGUUAUUUUCCUGGAAUCCCUACAUCAAGUCCAAGUUCUGUGCCAUAUCCAACUGGUCCACUGAAUAUGCCCAUGCCAUCAGAAAUUAAUUAUUUUCAAAAUUUUUAGAUAGAUUAAAAGAUUAAUAUUUUUGUAUAUCUGUAACUUUGUAAGGGCCUUAGUUUUAAAUAUAUUAACUAAUAAUAUGUACUAAUAAUUAUUUAGGACCUCGCCAGUAUGGUGGGUUCAUGCUUCUGAUCUUAACCCUAACUUAAUACUAAUCUUAACACUAAUAUUGUCUUAAUCCCAAGAAUAUGAAUCAAUGUUAAUGCAACCUUAACAUUAGCCCUGCCCUAAAGGGUCCUAAGAAAUAUGGGAUAUUUUAUAUUCCUAGGGUUAGUGCUAAUUCAAAAUUGAAUUGUGCAAGAUCAGAACCAAGGGUUUUAAGAAUUUUCAAAAUAAUAUUUUACUUGUUGAAUUUGACGGUUUAUAAAUGUUAAUAAACUAUUCAUUUUUUGGUCUAAAAAUUAUUAAUGUAAAAAUUAGUCUCUAGUAUUCGAAAUGCUAAAAAUAUUUUUGAAGUUUGAUUAGGUCAAAAGAUAUGUUUCUUAUGAGCGCAAGCGCUUACUAGAAUAUUCUUAAGGCUACGCAGGGCCCGCACCUGUACUUAAAACAAGUAGGAGAAGUACGAACGGCAUUUCCUUAAGUUCUUAAAAUUAUGCUUAAUGUUAAGGGUAAGGUUAGGACUAAUAUUCGAGGUAUGAACCCACCAUAAGUCUUAUCUAGAUUUUGGUAACUGGUUUAGAAAUUCAGUUAAGGAAAUAAUUGAUUUUGAACAUAAUUUUAUGUUUUAACAUUUUUCUUAAUUUAACAACACUUCAUUUUUUAUUGAUAUGCAUUGUAUGAUUUUGGAGGCCAAUGUUUUCCAAUGUAUUCCUUUACCUCAUAAAACAUUAUAGAGCUACAUAAAUUGCUAAAUUUAUGAAGAAUAUUUUAUAUUUGUUAUACUGUUAUUCGAUGUUUCGUUAAAAAUGUUACUUGUUUAUUUGUAGAUGUGAGGGAAAAAAAUUAUUAAAACAUAUACGAAAAGCCAUA